AUGGGAUUCCUUGGCUCUCCCUCUCUUCUUGUUUUUGGCCUUGCAUCGUUGGUGUCAGGGAAAUUUUGCAGCAUCUUCACGCUUUUCAUGUUGCUCCCUGUAGAAGGAGGUGUGACAACAGGAGCAGAUGGAGCAGCACCCUGCCUCCUUAACCAAAGCUUGGCCCUUCUACGAUUCAAGCAGGGUCUAUCCUUGGAGCCACUGACUUCCUUUGAUACAUGGCAGCACGGAUCUGACUGUUGCGAUUGGGAAGGAGUGUCUUGCGAUCGCACCACGGGCUUCGUCACCGACCUCAAUCUUCAUGGUUUUCAAGUGCAGGCAGGUGAGCUCAUCCCUUCCUUGCUUGAGCUUCCUCGACUCCGCCGUCUUGAUCUCAGCCAAAGCAAUCUUCUCGGCAGCACGAUUCCAUCCAAAUUGUCGGAGCUCACCGACCUCACCUAUCUUGAUCUCUCAGGUUGCAACAUCACUGGUCCCAUUCCUGAAUUCUUCAAGCAACUUCCCAACUUGAUUGAGUUGUACCUCAGUGGCAAUAGGCUGAGUGGAGAAAUUCCCCCAGGUCUGCUAACCCACCCCACCCUGCGCUACCUAAACCUUCGUUCCAAUAACUUAAUUGGUCGUCUCCCUGAAUUUGGAAAUGGACCUUCUGCAUUAAGGGAAGCGAAACUCGACACCAAUAUGUUGGAUGGGCCGAUUCCUUCUUCCAUAAGAAACUUGCCUCAUCUUGAAUGGUUGGAUCUUGAAAGCAAUAGAUUUAGUGGUACUCUCCAUCUCUCCUUGUUUGAAAACUUGAAGAACCUUUCUUAUUUGUACCUUUCUGAUAAUAAACUGAGUGUUGAGAUGCCCAAAGUUGUUGAUUUUCACCACCAAGCUACAAUUUUUCCACGUCUAAGAAGCUUGAGUUUAAGGAAUUGUAGCAUCAAGGGAGAGUUCCCUUGGUUCCUUCGAAAUGUAAAGAGUCUGGCCGACCUAGAUCUUUCACACAAUAAUAUAAGCGGGAUAAUACCGAAAUGGCUGUGGGGUCUAUCGAACCUUGUAGGUUUGGAUUUAUCUCAUAACAUGCUCCAAGGUUUCGAGGAUGUGGUCGACAUCAGUGGCUCGGUGAAUUUGGGCCUUAACUUGAGUGUCAAUCAUAAGUUUCCAUCUAAGAGCCCCAUGAAAAUGGUUGACCUGGACCUAUCGAACAAUAACAUUGGAGGAGCAAUUCCGCCAGCAGCCUUCUGCAAUAUGUUCGAAUUGUAUAGACUAGACCUAUCAGGAAACAACCUCAUAGGUACCAUACCUGACUGCAUAACCAACUUGACCACUUUAUUUUUGUUGUCACUCAGUGACAACCAACUUGAUGGAGAUGUUCCAAGAGGAAUAAUCUGUGGUUCCAAUAAUUUGAGACAUGUUGCACUGAACAAAAAUCGAUUAGGCGGUGAAAUAACCAGAAUCAUAUUCAUAUACAACUGUAGCAGUGAGAUAUGGGAUCUUGACCUAUCGUAUAAUAGACUCACUGGUAGCUUGCCAGAAAAUUGGCUUACGAAUUUCCCUGAACUAUACAGGUUGGACUUGAGCAAUAACCAAUUACAUGGCCCAAUUCCAGGAGAGCCCAAUGUUAGCUUCACGCCAUCUUUUUUCUUACUCGAGCUAAGUGACAAUCAAUUUGUUGGGUCCAACUUCUCUGAGGAUGCAUUUCCUUCAUUGCACGUCAUUGACAUUUCUGGGAACCAGUUGACUGGAUGCCUCCCCACUAGACUUUUUUUAAGUUUCAGUUCCAUGAUCAGGGAGAGAUAUGGAGACGAUGGGUUGCCACAUGGUAAUUUUUUCUUUGAUGGAGAGUUGCCAUUAACCAUAAAAGGGCAAACCCAACCACGGACGGCACUGGCCAUUUUCACAUCCACUUUGGCAUCCAUUGAUUUCUCUGACAAUCGAUUCACUGGAAGAAUUCCUGAAGAGAUGGGUGCAUUGAAGCUGCUUUGUUCAUUGAACUUAUCUAGGAACAAUCUGGACGGCCCCAUCCCUAGGUCGUUUGGAAACUUCCUGCGGAUGGAGUCACUAGAUCUUUCUCACAACCACUUAUCAGGAAGCAAACCAGAAGAGCUGACAAAGGACACAUUUCUCUCUGUAUUGGACCUGUCAUACAAUAACCUUCAAGGGAGAAUUCCUCAAGGCAACCAACUUAGCACAUUCGGUGAUGCUUCAUUUGUUGGGAAUGAAGGGCUUUGUGGGUCACCACUUCCAAUCUCGUGCCCAAGCAGCAACAGCGGCUCUCGAGGAUCCAUCAAUGGCGUUGAGGAAAAGGCUGAUCAAGAUCCGCACUGGGAGUAUUUAGCAGCAGGGAUUGGCUUCGCGGUGGGUUUGUUGACAAUCAUAAUACCCGUAUUGUUUGUGGAAACAGUAGGGAGCUGGUACUGGAUUUGCGUGGACAGAGCGCUCCACGCAUUUCUACUCUUUUUACCACAUUGUUGAUGUUGUCCAAGCAUCCCACCAUGCUUUUGCUUUCACUACCCUUACCUUGAUUAUAAUGCUUUACCUGCAACGCUACUCCUAAGAAGUGAGAGACUGUUGCCCUCUUGUUGUUUUC